AUGUAUCAUGAUCAACGCCGAUGGUCUGUUCCUUUUCAGGCUCAGGUCCUUGUGACAUUACUAGACCGUCAGUCAAAACCACCAACUAAACCAAUACGCCUAUUGGAAAGGUCAAUCCAUAGCAGUCGGUACUGUUUUACAGAAAAUAUGCACAAUAAUGGGAGUAUUUCAGAUGCUGACUAUGAAGAGCUCCUCAAAAUUUUCCAAUGGAUAUUGAAGAAUAAAAGUGGACCAGUAGAUCUAAUCGUAUAUUUACGUGCAAGUCCAACUGUUUGCUUCGAGCGUUUACGUGCUAGAAAUCGUUCUGGUGAAGAAGAUAUUCCUCUUAAAUACCUUGAAGAUUUGCAUGAAUUACAUGAAGCUUGGUUAAUUGAACGCCGUUUCGGUCAGCUACCUGCUCCUUUAUUAGUUACAUUUACAUCUGAUAUUAAUCAUUGCUAUUUUAGUCAUCAAACACAUUAUGAUACAAGGUUUAUUUGGAUAUAAAAACUGAUCCAUCUGACUAGAUGCCUUCUGUCUUGUGGUAUGUUGUUUUUCGCCUUAAUAUUAUGAAAAUGUAGUCAUUGUUUCUUUAAGUUUUGCCAGUAAAAUAAUAAAUAACAUAAAUAUCCGAACUUUAUUUCAAAAUGAUUUUUGUCAGGGACUAGUCUACUACAGUCAAAUUCAGUUGUACAGGGAAUAAAUAGUUAGGAGUUAUAUAUAAGUCAAGAAACCUUUGUCACCUAACUGACCAAGUCAAUGCUUAUUUAUUGAUGUCACAUUCCGACAUAAGCUAAUUAGUUGUUUUGUUCUAGUGCAAUACCUAUCAACAGUGUGCAUCCACGACCACCGGGGAUCAAACCCAUGACCUUCAAAUCUCAAUGGACGCGUAACAUAUAGACCUCUGAGGCGGUAUGUGAUUGCUCUCCCAACAAUAUCACCAGCACGUACUUCUAAACGAAGUUUAUUGCGUUAUGUUCUGUUGAGUUUGGAGACCACCGUCUAGUAUUGCGUACCAAGUCACCAAUAUGGAUCUUAUUUCUAUUUUUUGUGCAUCUCUUAUCUGUAAUUUCCUCCGUAACCUAGUGUCAUUGUAUUGACCGGUUACACGCCUCACCAGUACCGUUGAUUCUGAGCCAGUGCAGUUAAGUUCUUAUUUUUCCACUAUUCUCUAGCUUCUCUCCAUACCUCACCUUGAAUCUAAGAUGUCAGCAUCCAAAUUCGACUACAAUUAUCUUUCAAACAUACGUGGAUUUAUAUGAAAAUAUACUGAACCGCGUGAUACCAUGAAGUGGAACAUGCAAAUUACACGUAAACGAACCAAUAUGGGCUGUGAAUGGGGCGAAAUGUAAUUAGAUAGACUGACAAAUCAGGGAGACUAAGUCGUAUAAAAAUAGUUUAACCGAAGGCCUGUGAUAAAUGGAAUGUAUAUACAUAGUAACCAAUCUAUGUAAUUAUACAAUAAUAAUAUUCAUAGUAUUGAUAAUCCCUUAAUUAGAUCUUGGCGUUAACAUUCCUUUUCAUAAAUCACAUUUUGAAUUAACUGAUUAUUAAACUGUUUAACUCGUGAUAUUUUGUCGUUGGUGACCAAGCAACUCAGAAGUAGUGCUCACAAACAUGCUUCAUACCUCAUUCCAUUGAUUCGUUUCGAUUAGUUUAUUCUCAGUCUUUUUUAAUCAUAUGAUUGCCGCGAUAAAAUGUGAUUUCUGUAUUUUAAUAUAGGUAUUCGACUGUAAUGCACCAUUG